GCAUUCAACAUGGACCCGACGGUGAAGCGGUAGCGACAGAUGCCUCUGCGUAUAUUCGCCCUUUACGACACUUCAUUAUUCAGAAGAAAACGCUCCGGUUGACCGGAGAAAAUCUAAAAUGUACAGCUCCCAAAAUCUACCGCCUGUCCUCGGAUAAGUGAUUGAUGAGAAACCGGCCAUGGCUGGAUUAAUCAAGAAACAGAUCCUGAAACAUCUCUCCAGGUUUGCUAAGAACCUCUCCCCAGAUAAGAUUAAUUUGAGCACUCUGAAAGGGGAGGGCCAGCUUACCAACCUGGAGCUGGAUGAGGAGGUUUUACAGAACAUGUUGGAUCUGCCCACCUGGCUUGCCAUUAAUAAAGUCUGCUGCAACAAGGCCGCCAUCCGGAUCCCAUGGACCAAGCUGAAGACUCAUCCAAUUACUCUGUCUUUGGAUAAAGUCGUCAUGGAGAUGAGCACCUGUGACGAGCCUCGCCCUCCAAAUGGCCCAUCACCCAUUGCAACAGCCUCGGGUCAAAGUGAAUAUGGUUUUGCAGAGAAGGUUGUGGAGGGCAUCUCUCUCUCUGUGAACUCCAUAGUGAUCCGUAUCAGCGCCAAAGCAUUUAAUGCCUCCUUUGAGCUCUCGCAGCUCCAGGUCUACAGUGUUAACACCAGCUGGGCCACUGGUGACCUCAGAUACACACGCAUCCUGGAACCCACACGUGGAGAGAUCCUAACAUUUAAGGAAGUGAGCUGGCAGAUGAUCAGGAUUGAAGCGGACGCCAUCCAGAACACAGAGCAUGAGGUCGUCAGAGCCCCCAUACGACUCAUCACCAACCAAUCAAAGAUAAGAGUCACUUUAAAGAGGAGGAUGAAAGACUGUAAUGUUAUUGCAUCAAAGCUGAUUCUGAUCCUGGACGACCUGCUGUGGGUGUUGACGGACUCUCAGCUCAAGGCCAUGGUGCAGUACGCCAAGUCUCUUAGUGAAGCCAUGGAAAAAUCAGCCGCCCAGAGGAAGAGCAUGGCCCCCGAUACAACACAGGUAACAACGGCACCUCCUUCAGCCCAACAGGUGCGCUCACAGCAGGCUUCAGCCACAGCAGAUCAGAGUGCUUCCAUGGCACGGCUCUUUAACGACUAUGAUGUCCGUGAGACCUCACACCACCUCCAAAUCACACACCUCGACCUGCAUAUCUGUGACGACACCAAUGCCAAGGACAGAGGAAUAAAUAAGAGAGUAGAUAGUGGUGCAAUGCAGUUGUCCUUCAGUUCUAUCUGCGUAGACUAUUAUCCCUUCCACAAAGCAGGUGAGAGCUCUAUGCACUGGAUGCAUUACGGCGAGGCCACAAAGUCUCGUGAGACUUGGGCCCAUUCUCUCCUGGAGGAGUUUAAGUCUAAUGUGGAAAUGCUCAAAACCGCAGUCAGUGGCCAGAGCCAGAGCCAGAGCCAGAGCCAGAGCCAGAGCUCCCCUCAGCACGGAAAGAUCACCACCAGCUCCAGCACUUCCUUCUCGCCCCCAUCUGCACCAAAAACCCAGCUCAUGUCCAGCUCAAUUGUGCUACGGAUGGCAGAUUUCAACAUCUAUCAGGUGUCUACAGCAGAACAGCCACGCUCAAGUCCUCAAAGCAUGAUAUCUUGCAAUAAGAAAACCCUUUACCUCCCCCAAGAGAUGCCGGCUAUCCAUGCCGAAUUCACAGAGUACUACUUCCCAGAUGGCAAAGACUAUCCCAUCCCCUGUCCCAACUUGUACGUGCAGUUGAACGCACUACAGCUGGUGCUUGACUCUCGCAGCCUGGUUUGGCUCAAUCUGUUUGCGUUGGACCUUCGUCAGAGCUUAGAACAAUUUAUGGAGCUGUACAAACUCAAUGACUCGCAGAAACCUGAAGAGCAUGUAGAUAUCAGAGUGGACGGACUCAUGCUGAAGCUGGUGAUCCCUGCAGAACAGGAGAGGACUCAGCCUGACCAGCCCCGCUCAUUGUCAGUACAGACCUCAGAGAUGGUAGCCACUAACACACGUCACCCUUCCGGAUGUACCCGGUCCAGUCUGGAAGCCCUCUUACAGGCCUUCCAGGAGCAACCCUUCUUCACCUCCCUCUCUGCCUCUUUUCCUCGUUCUCAAAGCUCCUUCUCUGUGCUUCAUCCUGUCUUCCUGCGGCAUGCUCAUGAGCAGGACACCAGCAUUCAUGAUGUGUACCGGGGCCUUGCUCUGCCAUCUCUCUCCACCAAUGCCCUCAAAACACCAGCAGCCACCGACUUGUGGGCUGUGCGCUUCUCCCAGUUCUGGGUGGACUAUGAGGGCUCACGCAGUGGGCGGGGUCGUCCGACACCUUGCGUGGACUCCUUCCCUCUGACACUUUGGGUAUGCCACCCUGCCCGAUACACUCAGCACCACGAGAGGCUCAGAGCAGGCGUAGGGUCAGGCCUGUUGCCUCGCAGCGAGUCAGCAGAGAUAGCCAGUCGUCUACAGAGGAAGAAGCUUCUAAAGGAGUACUACAGCUCUGAUGCAUCUCCCAGCAACAUGCCAAGCAACGGCCUCCACAAACCACACUCUCUGGAUGGCCUGUUCAGCAACUCCUCUUCGUCUCUUUCUCUUGUUUCCUCGUCCUCAUCCAACGAAGUAGACUUGCAGCUGAUAGUGCACAUUCAGAAGCACCUGAGUGCUCAGGUGAGCCAUGGGCAGUAUGUGUUCCUGCUCAGACUGCAAAAUGCUGUGAAAUCUCUGCAGCGCACUUUACAGCAAGAUCUGGAGCAGUACGGCUCCAAGUGGCAGGGUCCCACGCAACCCUUCAGUGCCUGCGUGGGCGUGCUCAUGAAAAGUGCUGAAGUUGCACUUCUCCUAAAGCCCAUUCCCCAACCAGAUUUGAACAGCAGUCCCCUGGACUCAGACGUAUCCCCUUCAGAGAGCAGGGCCACUCUUGAAGCCGGGAGUGAGGAGAGCGAUGGGCACGAGAGACCCUCGGCUGCUGGAGAGGGUACUCGAAAAGUGGAUCAGCUCCUUUGUGCAGGGACACAUGCCGUCAAUGCAUCUGCUCUCCCUGGUUCUCCAUCUUCCUCUCUGAGAAAGGCGUCUGUGGAUGAGAGGAGUAGCAUGGUGUCUGGUGGAAGGGUGCCAUCUGAGGAGAAGAAGGACUUGAGAGAAGGAUCUCCCAAUUGGGAGGGCAGCAGAACUGAAGCCAAAGGGCAGCAUAGUGAAACAGCACAAGGUGGAACCAUGGUAGUAGAUCCCAUGUCUGACAACUCCUCCAGGGAAUGGAACGAGAAGAGUCUGGGAGCCAGGCUACCUCAGUCCAUGUCCAGGAAAGGCAGUUUAUCAGUGGUCUCUGACCUCUUAACUUCCACGCACAGCAGGUCUACCUCCUUAUAUUCCAUGUCCAACAUUGGUCGUUUGAUCCAGGGCAAGUCGCAGUCGAGUUUAUCAGUGUCCUUUAAGAACAUGAAGAAAAGCCCUUCACUACAGUCUCUGGAUGAUUUUUCCAUAGACAGUUACUUACUAGAGGACUGUGACCGCUACAGCCUGCUGGAGAGAGAUGACAUAUCAAUCUCUGGUUACAAGGAGGAUCCAAAUGAACAGAUUUCCUCAGAAGGGACUAAUGUGACUCUCGCUCAGGAGGCAGAUGAGACCCAGUCACCUGACGCCAUCAGCGCUGCCUCACAGAGCAUAGACGAACCCACGAAAGACCUUGUGUCGGUGCUUGUUUUGAAGAUUCACUCGGUCUGCUGUUCUCUGGAUCUGAAGAGGGAUGUUACGGCAGUCGCUCUGGAGGUGGGACGGAUCCGACCCAACCAGCUCGGCAACAUCAGUUCGCGGCAGUAUCUUAGCAGCCGCAGCCUGGGUUUAGUGUCUACAGCAUCAGUCCCUCACAGUGGUGAAGGCUGUGGGUCAGGGUCGGAGCCCAGCGCAGUGUUAAAUCCAGAGGUGCAGGUGAGGCUGGAAAGCGGUCCAGGAGCUGCGAUUCACUCUCUUCUGGCCGAACAGAAUGGCUUCCUGCAGUGCCACCUACAGGCCUUCAGUGCUGACUUCCUCAUGACAUCACUGCGAAACCUCGCCCUGUUCCUGGAGGAUGACUCCGCCUCCCAGGUUCUCCCCAUGGAGAUCACCAUUAAAGAUACACACGUCAAUCUGAAGGAUGAUGGUCCUCGUGACAACGCAUCAGAGCCUGAGGCCACACCCAUCGCUUUGCAUAUUCAUAAUCUUCUUAUUCAUCGGCAAGAUGACGGCUCAUUCAGCAUCGGAGGAGCUGAGCGUGCUGCGGACUCAAAGCUUCAAAACGCGGGGCCUGUGAAUGACAGCAGGCUCAGUUCUGUCCCUGAAGUUCCUGUGGGUGUGGCCAGUGAGCCGAAAGCCACUCAGACUGCAGCUCUGUCACCCACAAGCCCCACCCCCUCAAGUAAAGAACAGCUGCUCGUGGAGGAGAAUGAAUGCUUGAAACUGGAGCUCUCCAAAGCCAAGAUGGCGCUAGCGGAAGCCCAGAUGGAGAAAGACUCUCUCCAGCAUCAAAUGAAGUCUCUUAAACUCACCAGCAGAGGCAGCAACAGCUAGUAACAGUGCAUCUGUGUGUGCAUACAAGUCUGACACUUGCCACAGGGGGGCAGCAGAGUGCUUGGAGGGGCCCGGCGCCAUAAAAUAUCCCAGCUCUUUAGCCGAGAGAAGGAUGGUAUGUGUGCCGUGAUGAAGAUCUCACCUCACUCGGGAUCCAGGCUUUGCAAUCAGUGGCAUCUGCUCAUAAAGAACAGUGUUCUUUACUAUAGUAUACACACAAAGCUUUAGCAUCAGAAAAAAAUCAAUUGAAAAAAGACUCUUUGACAACCUGUGGAAUUUCACAGACGUUUUGUUGCUCUCUUCCCGUUUUUAUUAUUUCUUUCACUUCAUUUAUUUGUGUCAGCGAGCACCCCUUAAAUUAUCACGGGAAAGUGUAAAGGGGUGAUAAUCUCACAUUCUUGCUCACGUUCUCUCUCUCUCUCUCUCUAACCAAUUGGUAUACUGUGUAGGAGCACAUUCCACCCUUGACCUUUAACCCCAGGACAGUCUUACACACUGAGUGUCAGGGUGUGUGAUGUUGAAUGUCAUAUCUUUUGGAGGAAUGUCUUAAAAAAUUAAUUUGCACUUUUCCGUACUCUUUUGUUUAACAAUAACUAAAAAAUAAUCAUAUUUAGUGAUUAAUCAAUUUGUGAUCAUGUAUAGUAAUUGUGAUACACAAGAAUGUUUUGUUAAUAAGUGUGAUUGAAUUGGCCUGGGCGAAAUAUUUACAUUUUCAUUAUGUUAGUGUCUCAAAAAUGGGAAUAUGUUUUCGGAAUUAUGUUCACGGACACACUACAGGAUUUGCAUUGCACAACUUGAUUUCUUUU